GUUUGGUGUGGUGGUUGUUCUUGCCAGGACAAUAGCUGGCUGACAAACUCAGGCUCAGGCCUUUCUGACUUGAGAGAAGCCUGCGUGGAGACACAGCUUUAUGUAGGUCCAGUGCUGGCCUCAGAUGACUCGGGUGGAUCAGACUUGCUGCCCGCUCUUAUGAAGCGCAUGAUCUGCUACCAACCUGUGGGCCUGGAAGCCAUGCACCUGCGUCUGCAUCCCUCUGGGACUUGUGAGAUGUAGGUCCCAAGGCCUGCUCCCUGGAAAUAUAAAUCUGCCUGGUGAGAUAGGAUCUAUCCUGCUGGGCACGGACAGCAGAGAACUCCGGUGAGGCAGGACCUGGACAAACUCACCUGUCUGUGCGGUGUUCCUUGCUGAAAUCCAGGCUCUCCCCUGCUGUCCUUUCACGUGUCUGCCUGCUUCUGGCUGCACACAUUCUCCCCCCCCCACCUUCUAGUUAUCAUUAAAUCCACCACCUCCCACUUCCUAUUGAGAUCCGAGGCCUGGUGAGGUCUCCAGCUCAGACUAGCCCCUCAUGGAUCCCCUCCAGAAAUGGGACUCAGCCUUAUCUCCCGGGUGUUCUCAAGUGACCAUUGUGGAGUCCUCCCAGAAGGGCCCUGCACCUGCUCAUCUCAUAGCCUUAGAGCAGCUGAGGAUAGGCCUCAGCAGCCUGACCCCCACCCCUGGCUCCAGCGCCCCCACAUCCUUGGCAGAGGGGCUGCUCCAGGGGCAGUACGUGGAGCCAAAGAGCUUACUGGAGCAGCGCUGGGGAAGGCUGGGUUUCCCUCAGAAGAAGAAAGCCUUCCUGGGCCAGCUGAGACGCAGGCACCGAGAUCAUAGGUCACCUUACCCAGUGGAAAGGGACACCAGAAUCUUCCGCUCAGGACACAGAGCUCAGAAUUGGUUCCGAUGUGAAUGCCUCUACUGCCAGGCCCGUGGGCAGAAUAUUUCCGGGGAAAGGGAUGGGACCACCAAUCCUUCCUCCUGGGAUACUCUAGUGCAGGGACUUGGUGGCCUUACCCUCAACCUGGGAGCUGACAGACCGGGCCUCCUGCCAGAGGGGGAGCAGCAGCAGCAGCAGCAGCAGCCACAGCAGCAGCCACAGCAGCAGCAGCUUCCACCAUUGCUGCCCCAUCAGGAGCCAGAGGGGAGGUGCCAGCAGGAAAGCAAGGGCAGGUUCCAGAGGCUGUUCAAGGAGUGGUUUGAAGAAAACUGAGGUCUUCAGGGGACCCAGAGACCUGAAAGGAUUCAUACAGAGCUUCACUGCCAGCUUUGCGCGUCGGCUUCUUUGUGGGACAGACUGCUCACCUGUCCUUUCCGGACUCCCAAGACCUGCACGUUUUGACCACCAUCUUCCAGGCAUGAGAUCUGACCCAUUCCCAGGAAAGACCUCAGCUUAUCUGUGGAGUACUGUGCCGCGUCCUAGUGCAAAGGAGACUACACACCCCUGGUCCUCACCUCUCUGCUCCCAUGAUGCAUGCUGACACCCCCUGCCUGGAUCUCUGUCUUUCCUCCCUACAUCCUUAUUAGUAGAGUGAGGGUGUCUAUGGCCUUGUGGAUGACCACAUGCUUCUGUGCCAUUCGAUCCAGGGGGGAGAAUCUGCAGCUGUAGAGUGUGAGGGGAACGAUGGGAUCGGACCAUGGUGGGUCACCAUUUUACCUUCUGUAUAAACAAGAUAUUAUGACUGAACGUUCAUGUGGAACUGUUUCUUAACAGUUGAGGAAUAUUCUCCCACACUGGAAUUUCUGAUGGAGUACCUCAUUGUCAAUACCAAAUAAUAAACAUGCUUAUGAAAGGAGAGUGACUUAGAAGUCAGGUUGCUGGUAUUUUGUUUAUUGUCAGAGCUGGAAAAUCCUUGACUGGUAGGCUAGAUACAACAGGAGGCGCUUAGCACCAUGGAGAUUCAGAAAGCAGGGUGGAGUGGACUUGCGUGGGACUACAGGAGGAGGGUGUAGUGGUUUAAAUGAGACUGUCCCCCAUUGAAUCAUAUGCUCACAUUCUGGGUUCCCAAUUGGAGUAUUUGAGGAGGAUUAGGGGAUAUGACCCUGUUGGGGAGGCGUGUCACUGGGAGUGAAUUUUGAGGUUUCCAAAGCUCAGUCCAUUCCCAGUUAGCCCUCUGUCUGCCUCUUGUUUGUGCAUCUGAGGGAAGAUCUCACUCCUGCCCCAACACCGUGCCUACCUGCAUGCUGCCUUGCUCCCUGCCAUGAUAGUAAGGGAAUCAAACCCUGUGCAGAUGUG